AUGGAGGAGCAGCGGGAUCUGCACAGCACGGAUAGCAGCGAGGGAGAGAGCGUGUCCCCGUCCCCCAGCCUGCCCUCCCCGCCCAUACUGCCUCUGCAGGUCGCUCAGCAGGCCCACAGAACCACCAACUUCUUCAUUGACAACAUUUUACGGCCGGAUUUCGGCUGCAAGAAAGACCACGGCUCCCGGGAAAGGGCGCACACCUCCUCCGGCCGGGAGCGCGUCCACUCGGCGGUCAGCAGGCCGAGUCUCCCCGGGACGCCGAGCCAGGACUCCAACUGCAGCAGUGACAGCACUUCUUCCUCCUCCUCUUCCUCCUCUUCUUUGGCGAGUCCCGUAAAGAGUAACGGAGGAGCAGCAGCGUCCACCGGCAGCAGCACCGGCGGCGGGGUGAAAGCCGAGGAGAGGACUGUCGGAGGGGAGAACACCUCCUCUUCCUCCUCCUCCUCUUCCUCCUCCUCCUCGCUGGUGGUGCUGAACGGCUCCACCGGGGCAGCAACACCGGAGAGCCAGCCGCUGCUCUGGCCUGCAUGGGUCUACUGCACCCGGUACUCGGACAGGCCUUCAUCUGGCCCAAGGACACGGAAACUGAAAAAGUCGAAAAGUGGCAAAGAGGACAAGAGGCCUCGCACCGCCUUCACGGCCGAGCAGCUGCAGAGACUGAAGACGGAGUUCCAGGUGAACCGGUACAUCACGGAGCAGCGGAGGCAGUCUCUGGCUCAGGAGCUCAACCUGAACGAGUCUCAGAUCAAAAUCUGGUUUCAGAACAAGAGAGCCAAGAUCAAAAAGGCCAGCGGCUUCAAAAACGGGCUGGCGCUGCAGCUGAUGGCGCAGGGACUGUACAACCAUUCCACCACCACCAUCCAGGAGGACAAGGAGGACAGCGACUAA